CUGAUCUAAACGUUAGUCCAUUUUGAAAGACUGAGUAAAGAGUAAAUAUGCGGCAGGUUUUUUUGGUGAGCAAUUAUGAUUAGAAAUGCGAAGUGUUCCUACAUUUUAUAAAAUAUGUCAUCUAACCGUCACCUCCAUGUCAAUCUCUUCCCUCAUUGUAUGACCACAAAAUGAUCAAAAACAAUGCCUGCCAUAAACAUCGACAUCGAAAAGCCUCGCUACGACCAAAACACUUUCAUCGGUCGCGCCAAACACUUCUUCCUUACAACUAACCCCUUAAACAUCUUCGCCACCAGCCGACAACUCGAAGACGCCAAGUCCCUAGUCACCAAAUAUAGAUUGAAACACCCUCUUCCUCCUGGUACCACCGAAGACGAUUUAUGGAGAGCCAAAAUCCUCUACGACUCAGCUUUCCACCCCGACACCGGCGAAAAAAUGUUCCUUCUAGGGCGCAUGUCAGCUCAAGUACCCAUGAACAUGCUAAUCACUGGAGGCCUCCUCGCUUUCUACAACACCACCAGCGGUGUUCUCUUCUGGCAGUGGUUCAACCAAUCCUUCAACGCCAUGGUUAACUACACAAACAGAAGCGGAGAUGCCACUUUCACAGGCAAGCAAGUCGCGAGUUCGUACGUUUUCGCCACCACCGCAGCGGUCACAACAGCGCUCAGUUUAAACCGGUUAUGUAGGAACGCUCCGCCUCUUGUGGGCCGGCUGACGCCGCUAGCAGCGUGCGCGGCAGCCAAUUGCGUCAAUAUACCGUUAAUGCGAGCGCAGGAACUAACCAAUGGGACACCGGUCUUUGACGCUGAAAGAAAUAGGUUAGGGAAUUCGAAACGGGCGGCGCGAACUGGUAUCGCACAGGUUUGUUUCAGUAGGAUUAGUAUGGCAGUGCCUGGAAUGACGCUGACGCCGGUGCUUAUGGACUAUUUGGAGAAAAGGGGCGUUUUGAAGAGGUACCCGUGGAUAAAUUUGCCAGUACAGACGGCUUUUUGCGGUGUGGUGCUGAUAUUCACGACGCCACUGGCCUGUGCAUUUUUUAAGCAGAAGGCGCAAAUAGCUUACAGGAAGUUAGAACCUGAGCUGAAGGAGCAAUUAGAUAAAAAGUUUGGGGAUCAUCCGCCAGAAUAUGUGUAUUACAAUAAAGGUCUUUAAAUAAGGACAGAUGUGACGCCUAC